GUCGAGUCAUGUGCUGUAAUUGCAUUCUAGCAAGAAGGAGAGGUCAGGAUUGCUCACAAAAUCUUCGAAGGCAGAAAGAGGGUAAACCCAAAACCCCUCCUCCCCUUAUCCUAUCUUCUUCUCCUUCCUCAUCCUCCCCAUUGCCUCUCUCAAGAUUUCCUUCAAAAAGCACCUCACCCCACCUCUUCUCUCUCUCUCUCUCUCUCUAUAUCUAUCUCUUCUUGUUCCUUCUACAUUCAUCAAGAACAUAGCAUCCUUAACGGGGAGUGGAGUGUGGACUCCUUCUUGUUCUGUCCUGAAAGUGUGUCCAACCAAAUGGGCUGCUAGGAGGAAUCUGAAACCAAUCCUGAGAAUCUGUCCAAGACAGCCCCUUUUCACUUUCUCGGGGGAGAAUAAGAAAGGGUGUGAGUGAGAGACCAAAAUGGCUCCAAGGUCAGGGAAGGCCAAGUCUGCUAAAGCUAAAGCUGAGAAGAAGAAAAAGGAAGACAAAGUGCCCAGUGUCCUUGACAUAACUGUCAUCACCCCAUAUGACACCCAAGUUGUCCUCAAGGGCAUAUCCACUGACAGGAUUCUAGAUGUCAGGAGAUUGCUGGACAACCAUGUGCAGACAUGUCAUCUGACUAACUAUUCCCUGUCUCAUGAGGUCAAAGGGCAGAGAUUGAAUGACAGAGUAGAGGUUGCUGCCCUCAAGCCAUGUCUGCUGAGAAUGGUUGAAGAGGACUACACGGAGGAAGCCCAAGCGGUGGCCCACGUGAGGCGGCUCCUCGACAUAAUCGCGUGCACCACACGCUUCUCCAAGCCCAAGCCCACGAACAAACCCCAGCCGCCGCUCCCUUCGCCCUCCGACACACGUGCGAAGAAGAGCAGGGCCCGCAACCCUGCGCCGGACCACCCGCCCUCGCCGUCCGAUGGGAAGGCCCCGGGCGGGAGCCCGUCGGAGCCGGCCGUCUCGGCGGUCUCCCCGGAACUCGACAUGGCGGCGAUCCACCCGACCCCUAAGCUCUCCGAGUUCUACGACUUCUUCUCCUUCUCCCACCUCCCGCCUCCCAUUCUCAGUUUAAGCAGGUGUGAAAGGAAGGAUGUCGUAGAGAAGCGGGACGGGGACUAUUUCGAAAUUCAGAUUAAGAUAUGCAAUGGGAAGCUGAUGAAUGCAGUGGCAUCAGUGAAAGGGUUCUACACGGAAGGGAAGCUUUCCCUGCACAGCCACUCGCUGGUCGAUCUUCUUCAGCAGCUCAGUCGAGCUUUCACCAAUGCUUAUGAGUUAUUAAUGAAGGCUUUCGUGGAGCACAAUAAGUUUGGUAAUCUUCCGUUUGGGUUUCGGGCAAACACGUGGCUUGUCCCUCCUUCUGUUGCCGAGUCUCCCGCCAACUUCACCCCCUUACCUACAGAGGACAAGAGCUGGGGAGGCAAUGGUGGAGGUCAGGGCAGAAACCGUGAGUACAAUCACCGGUCCUGGGCAACAGAUUUCGCGAUUUUGGGUAGCCUUCCAUGCAAAACCGAGGAGGAGAGGGUGGUCCGGGAUCGAAAGGCAUUUCUACUCCACAGCCAAUUUGUUGACGUGUCAAUUUUAAAAGCAAUUUCAGCAAUAAGUAGUCUCAUAGAUUCUGUGUCGAGCACUGUAGAUAUAAAGAGUUAUGGACUGGGAACAGUUGUUAAAGACGAACGGGUUGGGGACUUGUCUAUUAUUGUGAAACGUGACAGUGAAGCUAAGCUCGGUGGGACUCAGUCGUCUAGUUCAUGUUCGAAAGAAGUUGUUGAGAGGAAUCUUCUCAAAGGGGUUACAGCAGAUGAAAGCGUUGUGGUUCGUGACAGGGAAACGCUUGGAAGUGUCAUUGUGAGACACUGUGGGUACGUUGCACAAGUAAAAGUUGUAGGCAACAUAAAGAAGGGCAAGUUUGAGGCUGGCAAACUCGAAAUUGAGGAUCAACCAAAUGGAGGAUCUAAUUCCCUGAACAUCAACAGCUUACGAGUUCUUCUUCACAAACCGAAUGAUGCUGAAUUAUUGGGAGGAGGGCAGUCAGAGGAUUCAGCUCUGGAUGGGUCAGAAGAUUCCAAGACCCGAAUCAGGGGCAUAACUAACGAAAGCUUGGUUGCACUAGAGGAGGCAAACCCUGUUCCUUCUGAAAGAUCUGUCCGGUGGGAGCUUGGUUCUUGUUGGCUGCAGCAUCUGCAAAAGAAGGAAACUCCGGGGGAGAACCGAGCUAAAAGUCCUGACAAAAAUGAUGAUGCUGAAGAAGCCGUCAAAGGACUUGGAAGGCAGUUCAAGAUGUUAAAGAAGAGGGACAAAAAGCCAAACACUGACAAUGGUGUUAGGGAAGAAGAUGUGUCGAAAACAAUGGGCACAGAGUCUGAGUUGGUUGAACAGACCAAUGGUGAAACCGAGAAUGAGACUGAAUUGAAGAAGCUAAUCUCCGAGGAAGCUUUCUUGUGCCUUAAGGAUACAGGAACUGGUCUUCAUUCAAAAUCUGCAGACGAACUUUUCAAGCUGGCAUAUAAGUAUUACGAUGAAGUUGCUUUACCGAAGCUGGUGACAGAUUUCGCAUCACUUGAGCUCUCCCCAGUGGAUGGUCAUACACUGACAGACUUCAUGCAUCUGAGGGGACUACAGAUGCGUUCAUUAGGUCGUGUGGUUGAACUUGCAGACAAACUCCCACACAUUCAAUCACUUUGUGUUCAUGAGAUGGUUACUCGAGCUUUCAAGCGCAUUCUCAAAGCAGUUAUCGCAUCUGUUGAGAACCUAGCAAACUUAUCCCAGGCCAUUGCUUCAACCCUUAAUUUCCUGCUUGGAAGCUAUGAAAUGGAAGAUAAUGAUGAUCAUCUCCUCAAACUAAGGUGGUUACGGACAUUCUUAGCAAGAAGGUUUGGCUGGACGUUGAAAGACGAGUUUCAGCACUUGAGGAAGUUUUCGAUACUUCGAGGACUUUGUCACAAAGUUGGGCUGGAGUUGGCUCCUAGAGAUUAUGACAUGGAAUCUCCGAACCCCUUCAGCAAAUGCGACGUCAUCAGCAUGGUUCCCGUGUGCAAGCAUGUAGUAUGCUCUUCAGCAGAUGGCCGAACCUUGCUGGAGUCAUCCAAGAUCGCCCUUGAUAAAGGAAAGCUCGAGGAAGCUGUUAGUUACGGAACAAAGGCACUGGCGAAGAUGAUUGCUGUCUGUGGGCCCUGGCAUCGGACAACAGCAAGUGCUUACAGUCUCCUAGCUGUUGUUCUUUAUCAUACGGGAGAUUUCAAUCAGGCAAUGAUUUAUCAGCAAAAGGCGCUGGAGAUCAAUGAGAGGGAGCUCGGGCUUGAUCAUCCUGACACGAUGAAAAGCUAUGGUGACCUCUCAGUGUUCUAUUACCGCCUUCAACACAUCGAAUUGGCUCUGAAAUAUGUAAAUCGCGCUCUGUUUCUUCUUCAUUUCACUUCCGGACUUUCUCACCCAAACACUGCUGCAACAUAUAUUAAUGUGGCUAUGAUGGAAGAGGGCAUGGGAAACGUCCAUGUGGCUCUCCGGUACCUUCAUGAAGCUCUCAAGUGCAAUCAAAGAUUACUGGGAGAAGACCAUAUACAGACCGCUGCAAGCUUCCAUGCUAUAGCAAUAGCUCUCUCUUUGAUGGAGGCAUACUCUCUGAGCGUCCAGCACGAGCAAACCACGCUAAAGAUUCUUCAGAACAAGCUUGGGCCCGAGGACCUUCGUACUCAGGAUGCUGCUGCAUGGCUUGAAUAUUUUGAGUCAAAGGCUCUGGAGCAGCAGGAGGCUGCUAGGACUGGAACUCCGAAGCCAGAUGCAUCUAUUGCGAGCAAAGGGCAUCUUAGUGUGUCCGAUCUUCUGGACUAUAUAAGCCCCGAUCAGGAAAUCAAGAGGACCGAUGCGCAGAAAAAGCAACGACGUGCAAAGUUGUUGCAGAUUACUGAUAAUGCCAAUCAAGUGCACGCCAAUACAAUAGCUGACGAUAUCACAGAAGAAAGCAAUAUUAUGAAAACUCAUGGCAUGUCAGAUGAAGCAAUUGGACCAGUCGCCAUUCAUCAGGAUGAGCAAGAAGAAAGCGACGAUGCGAGUACCAGACAAGAGCCGACUUUAACAAGCUUUGAAGAAGCAACUUCGGAUGAAGGGUGGCAAGAGGCCAAUCCCAAAGGACGAUCAGGCAACACCAAUUGCCGCAAAUCCAACAGGAAGCGGCCUGUUCUCUCGAAGCUGCAAAUAAGUGGUUCAGAGUACUCAAACGCUAACACAACAAGUAGCUCAGGGAGGGAAACCAUAUCUCCAGCAAGAAAGUCGGGACCGAGGGCCCACGUGAUAGAUCUGUACUCUUCAUUGAAGCAGCAGGUGAAGGCAGGUGCCAGUGGUGGAGAAGAUGCAAUCAGAUCAGUGCAGGAGAAAGUUCAGGCUCCCAUCGCUAAAGUCUUAACAUCUCCGGCAACACUUGCUUCCAGAUCUCUUUCGUACAAACAAGUCGCUCUAGCGCCGCCAGGUACAGUUCUGAAGCCAUUGUUGGAGAUGGACGUAGAGGAGGAACAUAACAACGCGAAAGUUGAAAUGCAGGUGCCCGAAAUUCUUCCACCGGAGAAGACGCAUGAGGUAGAUAGUGAUGCGAAUAACAGUGACUCCAUUGUCAAAAAUGAAGUUGAAGAACAUCAAGAAGAAACUAAGAAGAGUGCUUCCGAGGACAAGGAUGUUCCUGUUUUGGCCUCGAAUGAGGAAAAGCCUAAAGAAAAAAAUGGGAGUAAGCUUUCUGCUGCAGCUGAGCCAUUCCAACCAAUGAACUCAAUCCCGAUCACCAGCAUUCGUGAUGCACCAAUGGGGGUCCCACCUGUUGCCACUCGAGUUCCACGUGGACCGAGAUCGCCCUUAUACUACGGAAAGAGUCACACUUUCCGCAUGAAGCCUGGUCAAGGGAAAUACCAAGCUCCUAGAAUAAUGAACCCGCACGCUCCAGAGUAUAUACCAAGGAAAGUUUUGCAAGCUGACACGAUUGAUCAAGGUUCAGGAGGCUCGGAGAAGUCUGAUAAAGAACCGAAUGAUGAAGUUAACAAAGAUAGUGAGUCCAAGAACAGCAGCUCCGUGUCAGAAAAGUCAGAGCUUGCUCGGCAGAUUUUGCUCAACUUCAUCGUGAAGUCCGUCCAGAACGGGAUGGAGCCGGUGAGCGGGCCCACGUCUGACAAGAGUAUCGAGUAUGCAGAUAAUUCCUCGGAAGCCGUUGCAAAUGAUAGUGCGAUAAUAAAGAUCCUUUAUGGAAAUGAAGAGAAGUCUCAAUCGAGUAACAGUGAGGAGCCGAAUACGAUGAAGAAGACAGGGGAUGGAGAAGGAUUUACCGUGGUUACGAAGCGGAGGAGGAGCCGGCAGCAGCUUCCUCAAGGGGUGGCUGGGUUGUACAACCAGCAGUCCAUCUGUGCUUCGGUUCGAUGAAGAAGAGAUGAACAGAGAAGAGCCUUACACCUAUAAUCAUGAUUCUGUUUCUUAGAACAGGGAAGAAGCUUACACCAUAACACUGUAGAGAAAUGGUUAAAAGAAAAGGGGGGAGGGAGAACUUCAGUGAUCAAUCCAUUUUUCUUUCUAUUCAUUUUGGUUUUAGUCUGCAUAUGCGGGUGCUUUCGAAAAAUUUACGGUGUAGAAAGUCCUGAAUAUUUCAUCUUGUUGAAAGUUUUGAAUGACAUCAAUAAGACUGUUUUGGUUCGAGUAUU